AUGGCUUUCCUGCCCCGUUUUCUCUCCACGCUACCCUUUCUCCUCCUCCUCCUCCUCUCUGGCGUCAUCUCCAUCUCCGCCUGCACCGGCCGUCGCUGCAAACAGAUCGAGAACAGAAAAAUCGUCGUCUUCCCUCGGGCGAACGGCGAUUCUGGAGGUUCCGGGCUUUGCUUCAUCGACUCCAUUGUAAACUUCGGUGACUCAAUCUCCGACACCGGUAACCUUCUCCGGCAAGGUGGCGCCUUUGCGACGAUCAUCGGAAACCUUCCCUACGGCGAGACGAACCCUGCCGGGCCCACUGGCCGCUGCUCCGACGGCCUCCUUAUCGUCGAUAACAUCGGUUGACCAUUUUAGUCUCCAUCUUCUCUCCUCCUUACCCAUUUUAUCUAUCUAUCAAGCUUAAUCGACUCUGCCAUGGGAAGAAGAAGCGUCGGCGUUUGCAUGCUUUUUACGUUCUUCUGUUUCCUUUUUUGUGUGUGAUCGCAUGAAAUGUUCUGUCAUGGCGAUAGCUUCUGCGCUUGGAGUUCCUAAGUUGCCGCCGUACUUGGACAGUUCGGCCAACUUUGACCGUGGGCUAAACUUCGCAGUCGCGGGGGCCACCGCGUUGAGUCAGUCUACUCUCUCUGGAAUCGGAGUGGCUUUGCCCUACACGACGAGCUCGCUUGAAGUUCAAGUCGGCUGGUUCAAGCAGUACCUCGCCUCUGUGUGCUCCUCAACGGAAGGUCCCUCCUUUAUCCCUUCUCUCUCUCUCUCUCUCUCUCUCUCUCUCUCUCUCUCUCUCUCUCUCUCUCUCUUGCAUGCCUGCAUGAAAACCAGUAGACGUUCGUUUUGUGUUACCACUGCAAAUUCCUGUCAACAUCAAGAUAUAAAUUACGAUUCUCCGGUAUUAUUAUUUUUUAUUGUGAAUCUAAUUCUUCAAAUUCCAGAAGAGAGAAAGAAACCCACGUCUUAGAUUUAUUUCCUUUAUCUCAAUAGAUUGCUUAAAUAAAUUGAAGAAGACCCUCUUCCUCGUGGGGGAGAUCGGGGGAAAUGACUAUAACUUUGCUCUGAUGCAAAACAAGACUCUGGACGAAGUCAAAGCGCUCGUACCCCAAGUCGUCAGCAUGAUCAUGGAGGGCAUUCAGGUGAUCAAGAAAAACCUUCUUAAUUCUAAAUUAUUAAUCAUUUUUGCAUCAAAAAUUUAGGGUUUCAUAUGGAACUACUAAUCAGCUAUAAAUCUUAUCAAUUUUUUUCUAUUUCUAGUCGCUGAUUGGAUAUGGUGCAAGGCAAGUAAUUGUACCCGGAAACUUCCCAAUUGGAUGCAUGCCAUCAUACCUCACAGUAUUCGGAGGCAAUGGGCGGGAUGAGAAGGGAUGCAUAUCAGAGUUGAACGAAUUUGCCAAGUUCCACAACGACCACCUGCAGGAUUCUCUUAGAAACCUGAGAAAAGUAAACCCUAAUGUCACCAUGGGAUAUGCCGACUACUACUACUCAUUCUUAGAGAUGGUCAACAACCCCGGCAAUUAUGGUAAGUCAAAGCAGCAGAAAAUUCUUAGAAUCAUAGAAGAAGGUGUCGUCAAUAAUGCAAUACAAUGAAUUUAAUCAAACUAAUUUUGGAAAAAAUGUAUAUACAGGGUUGGAUGAGAGCUCUAUGCUUCAAGCUUGCUGCGGAACAGGAGGAUCAUACAACUUCAACUCGGCCCAGAUGUGCGGAGGCCCAGGUGUUCCAGUAUGCGCUGAUCCGAGUAAGUCGAUCAGUUGGGACGGGAUUCAUCUGACGCAAUCAGCCUACGAAAUAAUGGCGAAUCAGCUGAUUUCCAAGACAGAAUUCAUGAAGGAUUGGAAGUGCAACGAGUCAUAG